GUACAAAGUAAUCAGAGCGCUUGCCAAUCCAUUGCUGCUGCCUAUCCUCCUAUCUCUACUACUUGACACGCUUUGGAUAUCUGAAGGCUUCACUUUGAAAUUAUCUGAUGCGGCGCCCAUUGACGAGCUGAAUGACACCUUGCGCAGACAGUUGAGGAUGCGACGAAAGCCUCGGGAACGAUCAAAUCCACAGCUCCUCUACGUUGACCCUGUGUCUGAACUCUUUCCGGGAUGUCGCACUACGCCCUUCGCCGGACACAAACAGACAACCAAUUCGGGUUUCCUCAACGACAGACCUCAGCAGCUUCCACUGCUUCUUCAGCCUACUCUGGAGCAUCUAGUGCUUUUCUCCCAAGUCGUACAAGCACUGUCACUUCUACCAACUCUAGUAUCUAUUCAAGAGGCUCUCCCGGUCACAAGCGAGCGAACACUACCAUAGAGGAGAUGACGCCGGCCAGGAAUUAUGGUGGAAGCAGUAGCGUGGAAAACAGUCCUGAUCAUGUAUAUCGCAACAUCCGCCAGAGCCUGCGUCCACUCCCUCAAGCUCCAUCGCCGACCUCGACACCCAAUGCCCGCCGUCCGAGUCCCUACCACGUGCGAGCACACACCAUCGACCGCUUCCCUCAAACUUCCUCCGAGGAUCCUUUCGUGGACAAGCAUCUACAUGAGCAUCAUCAAGAGAUGCAUCAAGCCAAGACCCACACUCACCAAAGCCUAGUAAAUCCACAUACGAACACCUUCAAAGCCCCUGACCUCCGGGAACUGCAGAAAUCGUCUACGACCUAUCUGAAAACCUUGUCAAAAUUUGCCCAAAACGGUGAUGCCGAAGAAUUUGGGAUCUCGGCUCCUAGUCAGUCCGUCACUGGGCUUCAUAAUCGGAGACAGUUGAAACGCACAGAUUCUGUUGCAGCAGGCGCUCGGUCGGUGGCUAAGAGUUACGGCUGGGGUGAAAGAAACUGGAUGGACAAACAACGACAAUUUCUGCAGGCUUACGAAUAUCUCUGUCAUAUUGGUGAAGCCAAAGAAUGGAUCGAAGACAUCAUCAACAAACCGAUCCCGCCUAUUGUGCAACUAGAAGAGGCUCUACGCGACGGAGUUACUCUAGCAGAAAUAGUUCAGGCAUUCCAUCCCGACCAAGUCCUAAGGAUCUUCCGCAAUCCGAAAUUGCAGUUCAAACACUCAGACAAUAUUGUCUUGUUUUUCCGGUUUCUGGAGGAUGUAGGUCUACCGGACCUGUUUCGCUUCGAGUUGAUUGAUCUCUACGAGAAGAAAAACAUACCGAAAGUGAUCUACUGCAUUCACGCCUUGUCGUGGCUCCUCUACCGCAAAGGCAUGGUUGACUUCCGAAUCGGAAACCUGGUUGGUCAGCUUGAAUUCGAGCACCAUGAGCUGGAACAGACACAACGAGGCCUCGACAAAGCUGGGGUCAGCAUGCCUAGUUUUUCAGGAAUGGGCGCUAGCUUUGGUGAGCCUGAGCCGGAACCUGAGCCAGUAGAGACCGAAGAUGAAAGAAUAGACAGAGAACUGCAUGAGCAAGAAGACGUCAUCUCAGACUUUCAAAAUCAAGUCCGAGGUGCUUUGGUCAGAUUGCGACUGGGGGAUGUGAUGCAAAGACUUUGGGACGCAGAAGAUUUCAUCGUCGACAUUCAAUCACGCGUUCGUGGUGACUGGACAAGACAAAUUGCCGACUACAGGCUCAAUAUGCAACGUUUCGCCACAAAUAUCCAGGCUGCUACUCGCGGGUUUCUGGUAAGAUCGCGACAGAAGAAGAAGGCUCAGCAGUGGAGGUCGAGAGAAAAGGAUGUGCUCAAGCUUCAAAGCCUCUUCAGGGCAGGCCAAAUCCGGACUCAAACGCGUGCCAUCAAGUCACGAGUGCAAACUCAUGAGACUGGUAUUCGCAAUCUGCAAGCCGCCAUUCGAGGAGCACUCUCUAGGCGAGACGCUUUUGAUCAGUACGAAGCCACCAGGACAGCCGAAAAAGAAGUCAUAUUGCUGCAAGCCGUUAUUCGCGGAAUGCUCGCAAGACUUGGACUUCAAGACGAUCACGAAUUGCUAGAAAAGGAAAGCUAUGCGAUCACACAGAUCCAAGCCGGAGCAAGGUCAUUGCUUGCAAGGAUACAUCAAAACAAGAUCCGGCAAGUACUAUUCAACUCGUCUCCGGCAUGGGCCUCCUUGCAAGCCACGGUCCGAGCGGGUCGAGUCCGUAACAAACUCGCCAACCUGAAGCAGUCCUUGAGAUCGCAAUCAGCGUCCAUCAGCAAUUUUCAGGCAAUCCUCCGAGGCGCAAAUGCACGGGAAGCUUUCAGCUCGCUUAAGCUUUCUCUGCUACAGCAAUCAACUAGAAUUAUACCUCUGCAAGCUGCAAUCCGCAGCUUCACAGUGCGGAAUCAAUUGCAAGAGCAGCAACGAGAACUGGAACGACAUGCGCCCGAGUUCAUCCAACUUCAAGCACUUUCUCGGGGAGCACUUCUGCGUAUCCAGACCGGAGAAUUGCUUACAGACCUUGGUGAGACUCAGGACAAAGUAGUUCAACUACAAGCUCUGAUUCGUGCUAUGCUCUGCCGUGGUCAGGUUGGAGACUUGCUAAGUGAGUUGGAAACACAUGAUGAAUCUAUCACCGAAUUGCAGGCCCUUAUGAGAGCAGCUGCUAUCCGAUCCCAAUUUGCAGAGAAGAAGCGUUACUUCAAGGAAAACAUGGAAAAAGUCAUCAAGAUUCAGAGUGUUGUUCGAGCCAAGAUCCAGGGAAAGGCAUAUAAGAGCCUCACUGCCGGAAAGAACCCUCCUGUUGGAACCCUGAAAGGCUUCGUACAUCUUCUGAACGACAGUGAUUUCGACUUUGAAGAAGAGGUGGAAUUCGAACGACUUCGCAAGACUGUGGUCCAGCACGUCCGGCAGAACGAACUUGCAGAUCAGUACAUCACGCAGCUGGACAUCAAAAUUGCUCUCCUGGUCAAGAACAAAAUCACGCUGGAUGAAGUUGUCAAGCACCAACGACAUUUUGGCGGUCAUGUCGGUGCUCUCCUCCCCAACUCAGACAUUGCGUCGAAGGAUCCAUUCGACCUAAAGGCGCUCAACAAGACCUCGCGCCGAAAAUUGGAGCAUUAUCAGGAACUCUUUUUCCUGCUUCAGACUCAGCCUCAGUAUCUCUCUAGACUGUUGAGACGCAUUAGGGAGCAGGCUACCGCCGAAAAGGAGUGUGACCGGGUCAAACAUCUAGUCAUGGGCAUCUUCGGCUACGCUCAAAAGCGAAGGGAAGAAUAUUAUCUCGUCAAACUGAUUGCUCGGUCCAUCAAAGAAGAAGUCGACUGCUCCGCUUCUCUUCAAGACUAUCUCCGAACUAAUUCUUUUUCCAACAAGUUGUUUGGAGCCUACAGCAAAUCUCCCCGAGACAGGAAGUUCUUGAGAGACAUUCUCGGACCCCUUGUCAAAGAGAGUAUAAUUGACAACGCUGCGCUCGAUCUUGAAAGUGACCCUCUGCAAAUCUACGUCUCUGCCAUCAACAACGAAGAACUGAGAACAGGCCGACGAAGCCAGAGAGAUCCAAACGUACCAAGAGAGGUGGCCAUUCGAGAUCCGGAGACCCGAGCAACGUUUAUUGCACACAUGCAGGAUCUGCGAGAUAUAACAGAUCAAUUCUUCCUUUGCCUAGAGGACUGUCUGCAUCGGAUGCCCUUUGGCGUUCGGUGCGUUGUCCAACAGACAUACGAGCAUCUCGUUGCACGAUUUCCUGGCGAAGAAUCCGAUUUUGUGCUUCAGCUCGUGGGCCAGUGGCUAUGGCGUCUCUACCUCCAACCUGCUCUCCUGGAGCCAGAGAAGUUUGGUGUCGCUGAUCGAGCGAUGACGCAAGAACAAAAAAGGAACCUUGGGGAGAUAGCAAAGGUCUUGAACCAAGCCGCCUCAGGUCGUGAGUUUGGCGGUGAUAAUGUCUAUCUCCAACCCUUGAACAACUACGUGCGCGAGUCUAUCGGACGAUUCGCGGCCAUCUGGAGUCAUGUAAUAUCAAUUCCACCAGCAGAGGAACAUUAUGACAUUGACGAGUUCAACGACCUUUAUGCGAAGACGAAACCGACCUUGUACAUCAAGAUGGCCGACAUCUUCUCCAUUCACAAGCUGUUGUCUCAAGAGAUUAGUUCGAUUUGUCCAAAUCAGGACGAUGUUCUCCGCGACAUCCUGAGGGAAUUGGGUAGCGUCCAAAGCAAUGAAAGCGAACUCAGGGGUGUGAGCUCCAGCGAGAUCAGUCUGACACUAAGCCCCAAAUUAUUAGACUCGGAAGAUCCAGAUUCAGAUGUCAAGACCCUAUUGACCGAGACCAAACGAUGCGUGCUCUAUAUUAUCCGGAUCCAGUCGGGUGCCAAUCUCCUCGAGAUAUUGGUCAAGCCAAUCGCACCAGAAGAUGAAGAGAAAUGGGAGACUUUGGUCAACGACGAACUCCGCGCUGGCAACGGACGGCGUGGUGCUUAUACCGACGUCCACAACCAUCUCGACAUCAGCACCCUAUCAUACCCGGACCUCAAGCGCGUUGCUUUGGAAAAUAUCUUGCAGCUAGAGUCCAUUGGUCGCCUGACGCGGUCGAACCAGUACCAGGACCUGCUCAACGCCAUUGCUAUUGACAUCCGAACCAAACACCGGCGACGACUGCAACGACAGCGUGAACUCGAGAACGUGAAGACCACUCUUGCACGACUUAAUGAGCAAGCACUGUAUCUCGAGCAGCAGCUGAAGACCUACAAUGACUACAUUGAACAAGCCAUGGUGACUCUGCAGAACAAGAAGAGCAAGAAAAAGUUCGUGAUGCCCUUCAGCAAGCAGUGGGAGCACGAACGCGAGCUGCAGCGAUCUGGACGGUCCUUCAAAUUUGGUUCGUACAAGUACUCGGCCCGGACUCUGGCGGACAAGGGUGUGCUCGUCCACUGGCGCGGCUACAGUGAACGGCAAUGGGACCGGGUGGAUUUGACCUUCUCCUCGAACGAAGUCGGUGUUUUCACCAUUGACGGCAGCUCGGGGAACAUGAUGAUCCCGGGAGCCAACGCUCAGGUGCCGCUCGACGACCUUUUACAGGCGCAGUUCAACAACACGCAAUUCAUGGAGUUCUUUGAAGGAGCUCUGCGGGUCAAUGUCAACUUGUUCUUGCAUCUGAUUAUGAAGAAGUUUUAUAAUGAAUGAGUGAUGAUUGCACGCGCAUGCAUUCCUACCAAAUCCGGGCGAGUCGAAUUGGGCGCUUCUUGAUGGAGGUCUUGUUGGAAAGUGGUGAAGGGCCGCAAGAGCAGUGAUAUGUGGUAACUGAUAUUGUUGUAGGCAAUAGAAUUUGGUUCAGCCUUGUCAGUGUGCCACAGCCUUGUUGUGACCCCGUGCGGCUAUCUUGCAGUCAUAUGAGCAUAGAAGAAGAAGCUAUUCAACACAGUAAUCGGCUGCCCAAGCCUGUCCUGAGAAUCAAUAGACUCUUGAAGACCCC